GUAAACACCUCUGGGGAACAGGUUCACUUGCUGGCCAACAGAAGCCCCGCCAAGCCACAAAGGAAGUCAUUCAGUGGCUGGAGAAACACACUGUGUCUCAAACUACACAUUGUCCAGAAGGCACCAGCAUUGUUGAUGUCACCAAAGUUGUAUCUGCCCCACGAGACAACAGGUUCAAUUGUGACUUUGGACGCACCCUGCCUCCCAUCAACUACUGUGGAAAUAUACUCAGACCUUCUCACCAUCCAUACCGCUGGGAGUGUCGGCUCAAGAAGCGUUUGUUUGAGCGCAUCGACCAAUUUGCACUUCGACAAGCUCAAUUUCUCAUGCUGGACCUCGGUAGUGCCUAUGCUGAUUGGGUAUUGGCUACAGGGAUGUAUGCCCCUCGAAGUCGGCUCGUUCCAAUUCAAGCCAAUGCGGCUCCCUUCAGAAACAUGUACAAGCAUCUCAUGGUAAACCCUGGAUUGGUGGAUCGGGUCCAUGGUCUCAAUGCUGCUGUCAUGUCAAAUGAUCGCUUUCCCAAUGAAGCCAAAUCGCCACCACUAGUAUCGGACAAUGCAUGGAAGGGACCUGUGCUCUGUGACGACGGGACAGACAAACCAGGAGUGAUGGACACUGUCACUACCAAAGCAGAUUCUUGUACCACAGCAGAACUACGCGUUCCCAUUGUCACUAUUGACAUGGUCAUGUCAGCACACACUCGAGGCACCCUUUUCUUUAUGAAGAUUGACUUGGAAGGAGCCGAAUACGAAUCUCUCAGAGGAGGCAAUGCUACCUUUUCGGACCCUGACAGUCGUCCAUGCAUUGUGAUUAUUGAAUUGAAAGUAAAUGUUGACAAACCAUACAAGGAGGCAUUUGAUUUCAUGGUGGCAAAGGGCUAUACAGACUACGAGGACCUUGACUCUGGCAUCACGGGAGCAGACUCAUGGCCGCCAAGAGGCCUGUUGUUUGGAAAUGAAGGCAACUAUGAGUUCCGGUUGCCAAAGGAGCUGGACUUUUGUACAAUGCAAGUUCUACGAGAGUCACAACAACAAAUGAUGGACUAGCGUCGUGGGCUUCCUCCUGUUGGUAUGAUAGGUUCCUUUGGCAUACAGCUUCCUUAUUCAAAUUACUAUUAUGUAUGAAAUAAACUCCGUCGAUUGCGGGUUACGUUCUCGUUUUUUCGGUCUUGUCGUCCUCUACGUUUUCUCUCUGCUCCUGUCUCCUUGUCUUGCAAACAAUGUCAAUACAUACUAUAGUCCACCACCGCUCAUACCUCGACCCCUGGUUGGUUGGCUGGUAGACAAAAACACAAAGAGACAUAAUCCAUCCGUCAUUUUCUCCCAUCUUUAUUCGUCCUCCUCCUCUUCAUUGUUGGCGCCCCAAUAAGAAGCACGAUCCUUCCUUUAGGUGUGGAACUGUGGUUGAUGGCUGCUGGCGGCACCGUAGGGAUCAAAGGCAUCGUACGUGUGGGCCGUAGGAUCGUGAAAAUAAUGCUCUUGCGCUGGAGGAGGAGCAGCCGCUUCGGCUUGCCUCGCCGUGUACUGCUGCAUUUCCAUUUGGAAACGGACCUUGUCUUCCGCCGCCAUGUUUUCAUAGCGUUUCUUUUGCUCCGCCGUCAACGCACGCCAACGUUCCCCGAGAACUUUGCCGAGUUCGACAAACUUGAUUCCGGGAAAUUCCUGCAACACCUUGGGACGCAUCUCAUUGGUGAAAAAGACAUAGGCCCCAGAAGCACGCUUGGGAGCGGCCGGGUCCUUGGGGCGGCGGUUGUUCUUUUUGCGAGGACGAUGAUCUUCAAUCAAGACUCCACGCGCAUCGUGUCCAGGAGGAGGCACGUAGGCAGCAAUUUCGGCAUCGUAACGCGCCUUGUCUUGAGCGGCACGAGCUUCCCAAGUUCCCUUCUCUUCCGGAGUCAAGUUCUUGUACAUGUGCGAAGUGUACUUGGCGAGUUGUCCAAAGGUCAUGCCGGGAUUUUCUCGCUUGAACUGUUCGCGCAUGGCGUUUUGGUACAAGAGAUAGGCCGACAUGUUUCGCUUGGGAGCGUUAAUGUCUUUCUCGGGUUUUCCCUUGCGACCUCCCUUGGUGUUGACGGGUGAGACAAUGGCAUCUCCCUUGGGGUCGUAGCCGGGAGGAGGCACAUACGACGCGAGCUCGUGAAGGUAACGAGCCUUGUCCGCUUCCGCUCGAGCGACCCAGGCCUCCUUUUCCGAGGGAGGAAGCUCCGAGUACAUGGCCGACGUGUACUUGGCCAACUGUCCAAAGGUCAUGCCUGGAUUGAGCGCCUUGAACUGUUCGCGCAUCGCAUUCUGGUAGAGAAGGUACGCGGACAUGUUCCGCUUGGGGGCUCCGGGGUCACGGGCGGGACGUUUCGCCAUUGUUGCUUGUUGUUCUUAUACUGGGUUUGGUUAGAGGGAGAGUGUAGCUCUUCCGUUGUAUGUUAGCUCUUCCUUGUUGUUGCUUGCUCGCGAUCUAUUCUGGAUGUGUGCGGUAGCAGUGUUUACUGGAAAGGAGACAACAACAACAAUCGGUCAAGUUGAGAUGCCGUCAUGGUGGAGGUUUAAAGCACCGCAGUACAGAGGACGAUGACCGCCGCCAGGAAUGGCAGGUCGGAUUGGCGUUGACCAGCAGUAGUGGAAAGCCGUUGGCACCUGUCGACCACUGCCAUCCAUUGGCAUUGGUGGUGGCGGCUGGCAACACAUCACAUCGCCGACAUCCAAGCGUCAACAGCAAGGACAGACAACGACAACAUGGUGUUGCGGACACGAUUGAUUGAUCAUCCAACGGAGUUGUUGCUCCUUCUUUAUAUCAUAUUGAAGGGGAUGAAAGAAAGAAGAAGCAAGCAAGCUUCGCUGAACCUAUGACAACUCAACUGGCCACGCCUCACAACAUACAUCAUCUCGUUUAUUGUACGGCGAGAGCUACUACACCUGUAGGAGCUAGUACUCAUUGCAACUUACCUUGGGUUUGUGUUUGAACUGUACCAGGACGUAGCUGUGGUAGGAGGUUUGUGUGGCUUUUUGAAAGGCAGCGCAAAUAAUUUCCAAAGCACUUUUCAAGGGAAGGGGAUUAUUGAAUUGGGAGUGCGUGAGUUGCCAAUCUCAUCACUCCAGAGACAUCACGGACUGGCCGGCGAACAAGCCAAAAGGUAGAUGAGGUAUAAUAAUCGUUUAUAUUUACUUUA